AUGCCGAAGCCAAAGACUGAGAACACCAAGAAGGUCGCCGGCAAUGCCAAAAAGGCAGAGGCUGCAGCGGCUAAGCAAGCGGUAGCAGAUGCUCAGAAAGCAAAGGAAGAAGAUGCCGAGUGGUCAAAAGGCGCGAAAAGCAACAACAAGAAGGCUGCUGCAGAAGACAAGAAGGCCUCCGCAGCCGCAGCAAAGGCCGAGCGAGAUAAGCUGCUCGCAGAAGAGGAAGCCAAUCAACCGGCCAAAGCGAAGGGUGCUGGCAAGAAGGUAGCAGAGAAGAAGACUCGAGGCACUCUUGACCUGUCACAGCUGGAUGGCGACAGUAAGGAGAAGACGCUGAAUGCCAGUGGUAUUGAGAAUGCGCUCGACGCGCUGGACUUGACCUCCGGCGGCUCGAAGGGCGUUGACCGACACCCUGAACGCAGGUUCAAGGCAGCCUACGCGGCGUAUGAGGAGAGACGAUUACCACAGAUCAAGAACGAGCACCCAGGCCUACGGCGGAACCAGCAAUUGAGCUCAUAA